GACUUUCCACAUGCUUUUACCGUAGUCUGCUUGUCCAGUGGAUUUUCAUUGCUGACGUAAGAAACGCUGCUGUCCCGGCAUCACCUUAUUUUUUGGAUAAUCCCUCACAUUCAUUCUUUCUUCUUAAUACGUUAGGCUGCCAUCGUGAAAAAUGCCCUUAUUUUGUCGGUACUACGGUCAAAAAUAUCCAGAAGUGGAUGAUGUAGUGAUGGUGAAUGUGAGAUCCAUUGCUGAAAUGGGAGCUUAUGUGCACCUACUAGAGUACAACAAUAUUGAGGGCAUGAUCUUGCUCUCUGAGUUGUCCAGGAGGCGUAUCCGUUCCAUUAACAAGCUCAUCAGAGUUGGUAAAACAGAACCAGUUGUAGUUAUCAGGGUUGACAAGGAAAAAGGUUAUAUUGAUCUGUCAAAAAGACGUGUUAGCCCUGAGGAUGUAGACAAAUGCUUGGAGAAGUAUUCCAAGGCCAAGGCAGUAAAUUCAAUUUUAAGACAUGUUGCUGAACUCUUGAAAUAUCAGACUGAUGAAGAGCUUGAGGAACUCUACAGAAAAACAGCUUGGCUUUUUGAGGAGAAAUCCAAAAAGCAAUCUUCUUCAUAUGAUGUCUUCAAGCAAGCUGUCAAUGAUCCUUCUCUUCUUGACGAAUGCGGCUUGGAUGACAACACAAAGGAAGUGCUACUGGGAAUUAUUAGGCGGAAGCUGACUCAGCAAGCUGUGAAAAUCCGAGCUGACAUCGAGGUGGCCUGUUAUGGCUACGAAGGAAUUGGUGCCGUUAAGAAAGCUUUGAAAGCUGGAAUUGCCUGCUCCACUGAAGAGAUUCCUAUAAAAAUUAACUUGAUUGCUCCACCACUUUACGUCAUGACUACGCAGACGCCUGAACGUCAAGACGGACUCAAAGGACUAGAAUUAGCCAUAGAAAAAGUGAAAGAGAUAAUUGUUGCACUUGGUGGCGUUUUCAACAUUCAAAUGGCUCCCAAAGUUGUUACUGCUAUGGAUGAAGCUGAAUUGGCUCGCCAGAUGGAGAAGGCUGAGUUGGAGAAUGCUGAAAUCGCAGGUGAUGACGAUCAAUCUGACAUGGAAGCUGAGGGAGCAGGAGCCAAUGACGCUGGAAGCGGAGAGGAAGGUGGCGAAGAAGGCGAAGCGGAAGAAGAAGAAUAAAGAUAUACCGCACUCUUAUUUUUUACAGACGAUGGAAAUUACUGCGCUUGGCGCAACUCCGCUCCGAUUACACAACUUGAGUGAA